CAAUGACGCACGUUGGAGCUGCGAGGUUACUAUAUUUUCAUGCUCCAAAUUAAUGACACCGGACGCGCAAAUAUCCUACCUGUGCCAUUUAUUCAAGGCUGACAUAAGUAAGUCAGUUACAGUGAGGCUGCUGUCAGACGGCACCGAGCUCGAGUGUGCGUCAUGGAAGCCGAAAGGAGAUUAGCGAAACUACGCACUCACAAACAUCCCUUCAAAGCAAUCUACCUUUGCUAUGUCAUAUGUCACCUACUUUUCUUCAAGAUACCCUUCUGGUGUCUAUUUUACUUGCCCCGUGCUACAAGACCUGUCUCCUCGUGGUCAUGGAAGACAGUCAUAUUCACCCGCAUUCUCAGAUGGUCAGACAAUUUUUUGCUCAAUGCUGGACUUGUCAAUUCGAUGGUCAGAGAUCAUUUGCCGCCCCUCUCGGUUCAGGAGCUAGAACAAGCAGGGCAUAGUUGUCGUUCUGUAUGGAUACCUCCUAUCCUGGAUGGGGACAUAAAAGGGGAGGUAAGGGAAUGGAAGGAGAAAAAUGGGGUCCAAAGUGAUCGCGUACCAGGCUAUUGGUGGGGCAAGCUAGCACCUGAGUCGUCCGUGGUGUUUUCCCCGGUGGCAUUGGGGGAGAAGAUCGUUAUUCACUUUCACGGUGGCGACUACACUAUGGGCUCUGCGUUUCCUAGCGGGCCCUUGCCCGCCGCUCUCCUAAAAGCUUGGACGACGUGCCAGGGACAUCCCCUACAACGAGUGCUGAUGGUCGAGUAUCGUCUCUGUCGCGCGGAGCCACUUGCUGAUCCGAAGAAUCCAUUUCCCACUCAGCUUCUCGAUGGCCUCGCUGCCUACUUCUACGUCACUCGGGAAAUCGGCUUCGAUCCUAAAAACGUGAUCUUGUCAGGGGAUUCGGCUGGUGGGAACCUUGUUCUGGCACUCGCCAGAUAUCUUCGUGAUGUGAAUCCAUCCACAUCACCUGGAGAACAUAGCGAUAACCACGCAUCACUUGGCGGGAUUCUCCUCUUCAGUCCAUGGACCGACCUUUGCGAUACACAUAUGCCCGAACGAUCGCCUUUGGGUCAAGAUUCAUCAUUUGUUCGAAAUGAACGAACGGACUUUGUUCAACGUACGACGCCCGAACGAAUUGGAAUGGGGACUUAUGGUAUUAAAGGAUACCGAGGUCGCGCAAUUCCGCUCGGAGAGAUUUCGCGAAAUCCUUACAUGUCCCCUGGCUCCCUUGAGAUACCUAGAGAAACUAGUUUCGAAGGUUAUCCUCGAGCCUACAUCUCAACGGGCGGACGCGAGAUACUUUACGACGAAAACAUGUGUCUGGCCGAUAGACUUCGGAAGGGCCGUGAGGCCUCAGGGAAAGGGGACGCAUCAGAAUGGGUGACUGUCAGCAUUGAGCCUGAUAUGUAUCAUGAUUUCUGUUUUCUUCCAUUCACCGACCCUCCUGAAGUUCACCGAGAGUGCGAAAGGAUCGGCAACUGGAUAGCUAGGUGCUAACACUCUUCAGACACCAUGUAAGCAGAUGGAUCCCACCCACAAACGUAUGCGCCCUCUUCCACUAAUAUGGUACAAACGGCCACUACUGCAU